AUUUUUGAAAUAAUUUUUUGUACAAAUUUGUCAAACGAAAUAAUAAAUUUUAUUAGCUUGAAUAGCAACAAUUGCAAAUAAUUAUUAUAUAUUUUUUAAACAUAUUGCAAAUAAUAUAUUUUUACACACAAACAUUUCUACAAAUAUAUUUUUCCAAAUUUAUCAAUAAAAACGUAAUAUUUUGCGUAAAAAAAAGUGUAUGAAAAUGCGUGGCAACAUACGCGAUUGUGAACCGACAACCUCCUGUCUGCGUCGUAAUAUUUAUCAUCUACACGUGCCGCUCUUCGUCUUCGACACGAUACGACUGUUUCAGGAUCAUCCGAAAUUUACGCCCGGCCUAAAGGAAUAUCACAUUAUCGAUAUGAUCGAAAAGGAAGGUUAUGCUAGCGGUGAUGUUGAGGCACAAGUGAAAAUGGCGCUAAAAGAGCUCUCCUCAACCGGCUUCGUACGUUACAUAAACAACGGUUAUAGAACAUUGGGUCCAUUUGCACGUCUGGCAUUGGCGCGCACACCGCGUCAAUUCAAUAUUGCUUGGGAUCGACUUUGUGAGUUGCAGAAAAUCAGCACCACCAGCUUGAGUUCAUCGUUUAGCUCACGCAGUCACACGUGUUGAAUGUGAAGGAUUGAUAGAGAGAGAGAGAGAGUGUGGAAAAGAGAGAGCGCCGUAGAGAGAACUAUUUGAGCGUUAAAUUUCGCAAAAAAAAUAACAGCAUAUAUAUAUUAUAUAUUAAAAAAUGGUCUUGCCAACAAAA